AUAGGAAUUAGUUUGACCAAAAAAAACAAAUGUUAAAUUAGAUAAACAGCAAAACACUGAUCCAUGAUUCCAUGAAACAAGAAAUUCUCAAUAUAAACCAAAUCAUUCAUCCCCAAAUACCGUUGCUCCAGGCAUCCUUGUUCACAAUUCUCAUUUUCUCAAUCCCUAAUUUUGAUUUCAUGAAUCCCUCUUCCUGUCUCCUUCUCCUCCUUCACUACCUCUGACCAAGAUCCAGAACCCAACUCAUUUGGAGGAGAUGAAGAGCUACGGCAACGGUGGGAUAUGGGAUUUUGAGGCCAAGAUUCUGGUUGACGGUGAUGGUGGCGUCAUUCUUGGCCUUGAUGGCGGCACCACAUCCACUGUAUGCGUCUGCAUGCCUGCCGCUAUGCCUGUGGUUGCUGGCUGUCUGCCGGAGCCCCUGCCGAUCCUCUCCCGCGCCAUUGCUGGUUGCACCAAUCACAAUUCUAUCGGAGAAAAUGCAGCCAGGGAGACACUAGAGAAGGUUAUGGCUCAAGCCCUUUCAGAUGCUCAUGCUAAUCGUUCUGUUGUUCGGGCUGUUUGCCUUGCUGUUUCUGGGGUCAACCACCCUUCUGAUCAAGAGCGAAUACAAGAUUGGCUCAGAGCUAUAUUUCCAAGUCAUGUCAAGUUACUUGUGGAAAAUGAUGCUGUUGCAGCUAUGGCUAGUGGGACAAUGGGGAAGCUCCAUGGUUGUGUACUCAUUGCUGGUACUGGCACAAUAGCUUAUGGCUACAAUGAAGAUGGAAGAAAAGCGCGAGCUGCAGGGGCAGGCCCCAUAUUGGGGGAUUGGGGAAGUGGUUAUGGAAUUGCUGCACAGGCAUUAACAGCAAUAGUAAGGGCUCAUGAUGGUCGGGGCCCUCAAACAAAGCUUACAUAUAACAUUCUAAAGUCACUAGAUCUUGCUUCACCAGAUGAAUUAAUCGGGUGGACCUAUGCAGAUCCCUCUUGGGCGCGCAUUGCAGCACUUGUUCCAGUUGUUGUAUCUUCUGCUGAAAAUGGUGAUGAAGUUGCAAAUAAAAUUUUACAUCAUUCAGCGCUUGAGCUUGCUGAUAGUGUCAAAGCUGUUGUUCAGAGGCUUAGUUUAUGUGGUGAAGAUGGCAAAGGUUCAUUUCCUUUGGUUAUGGUUGGAGGAGUUCUUGAAGGUAACAAGGGAUGGGAUAUUGGGAAAGAAGUAGUCAAACAUAUCUCUAAGGUAUACCCUGGAGUUCAGCCUAUUCAACCAAAGGUGGAACCGGCUGUUGGUGCUGCAUUGCUGGCUUGGAAUUGUUUCAUGGAAGAAUUAACCAAUUGAGUGGUUUUCUCCCGGGAGAUAGAAAAA